AUGGGAUCCCAAACACCCGAUGGCCAUCGUCGAGGCCCAGAUGAAUCAUCAACCGGCGGUGCGAUUGCUGCCGUCAAUCCUCCCACGCCAGCCGCAGCAAGCGGACUCCUUCAAGGAGCACUCGAAGGGGAAGACGAAGAUGGGGAUGACGAUGACGAUGACAAGAUCGGAGCUGACCUGAAGUCCGGUGGCCAGCCUAACAGUGGUAAGAAAAGAAAAAGAAAGAGUAACAAGAAGAAGAAAAAGAAGACGUUGGGUGGGCAGCAGACGACUCCUCCGAGGGUUGCGCUCGCCAACAUAUUUCCCGACCAACGAUACCCCCAGGGCGAGAUUGUUGAAUAUGUUACUCAUAAUGACAAUCUCCAACGCACCACGACCGAAGAGGUUCGUCACAUGUCUGUAGCAAACAACAUGGAUGAAGAGUUCUUGAAUGACUAUCGCAAAGCUGCUGAAGUCCAUCGCCAAGUCCGCCAGUAUGUCCAGACAAUCGCACAGCCUGGCGUGUCUAUGGAAAAGCUUGCCCAGGAGAUCGAGGAUGGCGUUCGGGCACUGACCGGCCACCAAGGCAUUGAGACCGGUGACGCUCUCAAAGCUGGCAUGGCAUUUCCGACUGGACUCUGCCUGAACAACGUAGCCGCUCACUGGACUCCCAACCCCGGAGCUAAGGAGGUUCACCUCCAGUACGACGAUGUCUUGAAAAUAGAUUUCGGAGUUCAUGUCAACGGUAGGAUUGUUGAUAGCGCCUUUACCGUGGCUUCUAAUCCAGUCUAUGAUAAUCUGCUCACGGCCGUCAAGGCGGCCACCAAUACAGGGCUCAAGGAAGCUGGUAUUGACGCCCGAAUUGAUCAUAUCAGUGGAGAAAUGCAAGAAGUAAUGGAGAGCUACGAAGUCGAGCUCAACGGAAAGGUCAUCCCAGUCAAAGCACUUCGGAGCCUUACCGGCCAUAAUAUCCUGCGCUACAAGAUCCACGGCGACAAACAAGUUCCCUUCGUCAAGUCCAAAACCACCCAACGCAUGGAAGAAGGCGAUGUAUUUGCAAUCGAAACCUUUGGGAGCACGGGAAAGGGCUAUACCAGAGAUGACGUGGGGGUUUACGGCUACGGUCUGAACGAGCAUGCCAGCGCUGCUGGUCUUCAUCAUUCCUCUGCCAAGUCACUGCUUAAGACUAUACGUGAGAACUUUGGAACUCUGGUCUUCUCCAGGCGUUAUCUUGAACAUAUGGGAGUGAGGAAUUACCACCUUGGUAUGAGAUCGCUGAUCUCAAAUGGCAUUGUUGAGUGUUAUGAGCCACUCGUUGAUGUUCCGGGCUCUUAUGUCGCGCAGUUUGAGCAUACUGUUCUGCUCAGGCCCAAUUGCAAGGAGGUGAUUUCCCGGGGAGACGACUACUAG